UGGUUCCAUAUUUUUCCCGGGCCGGGCCCAAGCCUAGGAAGCGGCUGAAAAAAAUUUUGGGCCCGGCCUGGCCCGGCCCAUGGACAGCUCUAGAGGCUUAUGUUAUUGUGUGUUUUAAGGGGGCAGAUUGAUGGUGCUUGUUUAUAAGGCAGGCUCAUUUUAUUGCAUCCGUAGUGAUAUAACCCGGGGUAGAACCGGGCAGAAUGUGGCUUUUGGUGUGGUAAACAAUGUUGAGGCUUCUAUAAUGAGGGAAAAAUGGGUCAAUUUUACUUCUUUAACAUGCAAAAAUGCCAGGGUAGCGCAGUUCUUUCCUCUAGAAACUAUGGGAUUUCGAAGCAAAAGAAGGAAUAGUGUGAUUGUUGCAGCAACCCCUCCCACAGAGGAUGCUUUGAUUGCUACAGAACCAUUGACGAAACAGGAUCUUAUUGGAUACCUUGCAUCUGGAUAUUGCAUAUUCCACUGCUGAGGUUGACAUAGUAAAAAUUUGUCAGUGAAGAAUGGUUGGAUUCGAUGAAACCUUGGUUAGUAUGUCUGGAUUAAUUGAAGGUCUUCCAGAUGCUGUUGCCCUUAGAUGCCUAGCACCUACCUAUAUCCUAAGUUGGAGCUUGUUUCCCUUUCAUGGAGAGCUGCCAUUCAUGGCUCUGAGCUGUUCAAAGCUCGACAGGAGGUUGACCCAGCAGAUCAGGAACUUCUUUGUGUGUGUGCAUACGAUCCUUGUUUCUAGUAUAAUUUGGAUAAUAUUAUUAAUUUCUAGUAUUAAUUGUGGUUUGAAAGCUAAUUUAUAAUUAUUCAACCCUUGUUUUUUGUUUUUUAUAACACUAUUAGAAAUAAUUUAUUUGACUUUGAUUUAAUUUAUGACGGUUAAUAUUUUAGCUUAAUAAUUAAGAAUUAUUAUAUAUUUAAUUUGAUUUAUAAUUAAA